AUGCGCUAUUUCCCUUCGAGCAACUCGUACCCAUACAUGAUGACGGAGGUGAAUUGUGCAGGCUCUGAAGACUAUUUGUGGUAUUGCCCUCACAAGGAAGAGUACUCUGUCUGUUAUCACGGGGAUGCUUCUGUCAUAUGCUCAGACUCGGGACUAACAGUGCCUCCACCAACAGGUAGCUUCAGCUCGACUUCCCCCAUGUCAUCGACCACAGCACCAAGUAGCUUCAGCUCAACUUCCCCCAUGUCAUCGACCACAGCACCAGGUAGCUUCAGCUCGACUUCCCCCAUGUCAUCGACCACAGGGGCUGGCUCCUGCGGUGGCUUGCUUCAGGGUUUGUCCGGCUCAGUCCAGAGCCCGGGCUACCCCAACCACUACCCCAACAAUGCCCGCUGCGUGUGGCGCAUACGGCUGCGGGAGCGGGAUCGCAGAAUCAAGCUCCAGUUUUUGGAUGUCGAGCUGGAAGGCAACAGGUGCCAGUACGACGCCAUUGAGGUGUACGACGGCGGGUCCCCUGGGGGCCUGCUCCUCGGGACUGUUUGCAGGAACGACCACCGCGUCUUCAUAUCCUCUGGGCACCAGCUGACCAUCCUGUUUCGCAGUGACAGCAUCGUCGCCCAGAGAGGUUUCCAGGCCUACUACUACUCGUUUCUGGCCUCCAGCAGCACCACAGUGCCAGGUAGCUCCCGCUUGACUCCCACCGUGUCGUCGACCACAGUGCCAGGUAGCUCCAGCUUGACUCCCACCAUGUCGGUGACCACAGCACCAAGUAGCUUCAGCUCGACUUCCCCCAUGUCAUCGACCACAGCACCAAGUAGCUUCAGCUCGACUUCCCCCAUGUCAUCGACCACAGAAGAUUAUACUUGUGGUGGCUUGCUUUCCUCUCCAUCUGGUAUAUUACAGAGUCCAUUUUACCCCAGAAAUUAUCCAAACAAUGCCAACUGUGUUUGGGAAAUACAAGUACAGAGCAACUUCCGUGUCACACUCACAUUUCAAGAUGUUCAGAUGGAAGGUGGCAGAUGCCUGUCUGCCUACGUGGAAGUCUAUGAUGGGCCACUCCAUACCUCUCCUCUCCUUGGGAAAUUUUGUUCUGGUUCUUUUCGCACAUACACGUCUUCCUCAAACCUGCUGACUGUCCGAUUUUACAGUAACUCUCGAUACACAUACAGAGGGUUUCAGGCUGACUAUUAUUCCACUGCAGCAGAUCAGAGCACUACACUGCUGUGUUUGCCAGACUACAUGCAUGUAGUUGUGAGCAGAUACUACCUUCAGUCACAAGGCUACUCUGCUUGGAAUCUCACCUUGAGCGACCCCUAUUGCAAACCCAACAUUACAUCAGAGUAUGUUAUAUUCGACAUACCAUACACUCGCUGCGGCACAGUGAGAGAGGGAAACAACAAUACGAUAAUCUAUUCCAACCUUAUUAGAGGAUCCUCUUCUGGUACUGUAAUCACAAGAAAUAAAAGUCUUCACUUGCGUGUCAACUGCAAAAUGCUCCAGAACACAUGGGCACAAAUAAUGUAUGUUGCGGACGACAAUUUUGAAGUCAAUGAAACUCAGUAUGGCAGAUAUGAUGUAAACCUUACAUUUUAUGAUUCUGCAUCCUUCUCAUGGCCAGUAUAUGACUCGCCAUACUAUGUUGAUAUCAACCAGAAUUUGUUCCUUGAAGCUUACCUGCACAGCUCUGAUCCAAACCUGGUGUUAUUUGUGGACACAUGUGUGGCAUCUCCCACUCCCCACAAUUUUACAACCGUAACCUAUGAUAUAAUCAGGAAUGGAUGUGUUCGAGAUUCCACCUAUGCUACAUAUUAUUCACCGUACAGUCACAUGGUCCGGUUUAAAUUCAAUGCCUUCCAGUUUAUUCGUAACAAUCCAUUGGUUUACCUGCAGUGUGAACUAGUGGUGUGCAGGACCUAUGACUAUUCUUCCAGAUGCUACCAAGGUUGUAUCACUAGGUCCAAGAGAGAGGCAAGCUCUGGCCAAGAAAGCGUGACUGUUGUUGCUGGCCCAAUACAGCUUCGGGAAGCUGGUGCUGAGAAUAGGAAGGCACGUGACUAA